CACAUACACACGCACACGCACACGCGCGCGCGCGGCUCUGCGCUGCUUUUCUGAGUGUUACGGCGCCCUUCGACCGCCCCCGCGCGGCGCGGGCGGGGACCCACCGGUUCCGCUCGGCGCUAGUCGCGGAGAAAGGAGGACCCCUGGGAACAAGAUCCCGCCGUCCGGUCUCCCAGCACUUUUCAGCGGUAGGCCCGCAUGGAGGGGACUGCGGAGUCCCAAUCGCCUGACCUUCGAGACGUGGAGGGCAAGGUGGGCAGGAAGACCCCUGAAGGGCUGCUCCGCGGGCUGCGAGGCGAAUGGGAGCCAGGAACCUCUGGCGCCCUGCUGCUCCCUGGGGUGCCCAACACGGGCCACGGCCUGGGGGACAAGAUCGUGGCGCUGAGGAUGGAGCUGGCUUACCUGCGAGCCAUCGAUGUGAAGAUCCUGCAGCAGCUGGUGACUUUGAAUGAGGGCAUCGAGGCUGUGCGCUGGCUGUUGGAGGAGCGGGGGACAUUGACCAGCCACUGCAGCAGCCUCACCAGCAGCCAAUAUAGUCUGACAGGCGGGAGUCCAGGCCGCUCAAGGCGAGGCAGCUGGGACAGCCUGCCAGACACCAGCUCCACUGACCGGCUGGACAGUGUCUCCAUCGGCAGUUUCCUAGACACGGUGGCCCCCAGCGAGAUGGAUGAACAGGGCCCCCCUGGGGCUCCCCGUCCUGAGAUGGACUGGGCAAAGGUUAUACCCAGUGGGGACAGGGCCAGGACUGAGGUGGACCUGACAGCCACCAGGCUAGGGAACUUGAGGGCUGUAUGGAAGCCCCCAGGGGAGGGGCUCCAAGGUGGACCUCCUGAACCACUAGAGGAUGAAAGUGUUAAGCUUGGCUUUGAGGCCCACUGGUAUUGGGGGCAGUGCCAGGAUGAUGUGACCUUCUUGUAAUAACUUUCCCGUCCUUUCA